GUUCCCCCACCAUGAGAGUUCCUACCUACAUUCAUCUUCAACGACUGUCUUGAAUUAUUUUGGUUAUCCUUUUUAGCAGCUAUAUAUUGGUUGAGAUUUGCGACUUAGAGCCAUCAUGAUUGAGCCUUUCCAGACAACGUUUGCAGUUCCGAUGGACUGUGAGAGUUGUGUCAAAGAUGUUUCCCAGGCAUUAAACCAGCUAGAAGGAAUCCACAAGGUCGACGCAAACGUCAAGGAUCAACUAGUAUUGGUCGAAGGCACGGCGCCACCUAGCUCCAUCGUGACAGCUCUCCAAAAUACGGGACGGGAUGCAAUUCUACGGGGCAGUGGGACAUCCAACAGUUCGGCGGUGUGCAUCCUCGAAACACACUCGACCACAGUUCCCAAUAAGAUUCGGGGGUUAGCGCGCAUGGUUCAGGUCUCGUCUAAUAUGACUCUGGUUGAUCUGACUAUCAACGGACUGGCUCCGGGCAAGUAUUACGCAACGGUGCGCGAGGCGGGAGAUAUUUCACAAGGGGCGGAGUCUACAGGAGGCAUCUGGGAAGCGGUGAAAGCGAAGAUGCUGGGCGCCGAUCCUCCCACGGAGCCGCGUGGUAUAUUUGGGAGUCUGGACGUGGAUGCAAAGGGACAAGGGAACAUCUUCCUGGACCGGCCGGUGGCGAUUUGGGAGCUGAUUGGACGCAGUAUGGUGUUAUCCCCGCGCACAGAAGGACCAUUCCGACGCGAGGAUCCCAAUACUUUGGUUGGGGUGAUUGCUCGUAGCGCUGGGGUUUGGGACAAUGAUAAGAUGGUGUGUUCAUGUUCUGGAAAGAAUGUGUGGCAGGAGCGCCAGGAGCAGGUGGCUCAGGGAAUGGUUUGA